AUGGUGUUAACUACAGGAUUUCGACCCGAAAAGCCCCAGUAUAGGAUCAAGUGCCGGCACAGAAGUGGUAUCACCCUGACUCCUGAGAAUCAGCUCAUAAUUAAGCUACCCAAUUCAAAUGUUCUGAAGGCUACCGCUCGAUCGGUGCUUUUGGCCUUGGCCAUUAUCAUUUCUUCCUGGUUUGGAUCACUUGUCAUUUGGGACCCUUCCUUAUCUUACAGUCCUGUAGCCGAUGAGGCACCCAUCCAUGGUGAAUCAUUGUUGCCUAUGCUCCUUCGUGAUUUAAUCCGCGAGGGUCUCUUGAAAUCGGACGACAAAUCCCUGUUCGUGAACCGACACGACGAUGGCGAUGAAGAGAUAGCUCAUGGUGCCCAAAUCUUGAACGCCUACGACAUCGUCUCUGAAUCUGAUGCCGAGCGACAGAGCUCGAUCCAAGAUGACACAUUUGAUUUCGUCUUCACGUCUGGCUUCGUUGCCGGCGAGUUCAUCGAUAGAAGCAUCAAGACCGGCGGAAUUGUCGCCAUUCAAUUGAGCAAUGACGCAUCGAAUGCCUUCCACAAACCAUCAAAUUACAAAAUUGUGUACCUCAGGCAAUUCGAAUUCACUGUCUUGGCGAUGAAGAAGACCGGACCUGCUGAGAUAAAGUCACCGGCGAAGAGAUGCCUUUGCCCAUUUUCAUCGGAAGCAAAGAGGGCAGCAUUGAAUGGCUUGGAGGAUGUGCUGCUUGAACCACCACAAGCUUCUUCAGUGAAGCAAAAUAACAAAUACUUGAAGAGGACCAAAUACCUCCCUGACUUAAUGGGUGAUUCUUUAAAAGAGUACCCUCGUCGCCUAUUCAUCGAUGUUGGCUCACCGGACAAGAACGACAAUGGCGGACCGACAUGGUUCGCACAGAAUUACCCAACAAGGAACCGAGAUUUUGAGAUGUAUAAGAUAGAGACUGUAAACGAAGAGGUGUUGGAUGAAGCGGAACCACAGAUGAGAAUGUCGGACUGGGUGACGAAUAAUCUAAGAGAAGAGGACUACGUGGUAAUGAAGGCACAAGCAGAGGUAGUGGAGGAGAUGAUGAAUAGCAGAGCUAUAUGUUUGGUGGACGAGCUUUUUUUAGAGUGCGAACACCAGGGCUUGGGAGGGAGGAAGAGCAAGAGCAAGAGGGCGUAUUGGGAGUGUUUGGCUCUCUAUGGAAGGUUGAGGGACGAAGGAGUUGCUGUGCAUCAAUGGUGGGGUUGAAGAAGAUUUCGACUUUGAUUUCGACUUUGUUAGAGAGAGAAAGAGCAAGCCAGG